AAAUAGGAAAAGCCGUUUGGCGCGGUUAGAGUCGUGAGAGUGGAGCUGAGGACACAUCGGAGUUCAUACUUGGAUAAGUAACACCUCUUGCCGCGGGAUCGGAAGACAAAAGCCCGUUUUAACCGCUUCCAGGCCCGUGUAGACGGGACAACGUGGGUUUAAAGGCGUCUGUUGUCCUCACGCGUGUGGUUUUUCCGUCUUCUGAGCUUGUCCCGGCGCAGGCUUAGACGGAAACACUUGGAAAAUGCCUCCCAUAGAAAAUGACAGCGGUAAAUCUGAGCUCAAGACUCAGAUACAGCAACUUAUUGACUCCAAUCAAGUGAUGGUGUUCAGUAAAAGCUACUGUCCUUAUUGUAUCAAGGUGAAGGAUCUGUUCAGGGAGCUCCAGGUGGACUGCAAUGUGGUGGAGCUGGAUCUCAUUGAGGAUGGGACCAAUUAUCAGGAGAUGCUGCUUGAAAUGACUGGGCAAAGAACUGUUCCUAAUGUCUUUAUCAACAAGACUCACCUUGGUGGCUGUGACAAAACAAUGCAGGCCCACAUGGACGGCAGCUUACAGCAGCUGCUCAGUGCAGAAACAGAAUCGUAUGACUAUGACUUGAUUGUGAUUGGAGGAGGGUCAGGAGGACUGGCGUGUUCAAAGGAAGCUUCUAUGCUUGGGAAGAAAGUCAUGGUUUUAGAUUAUGUUGUCCCCACACCAAAAGGAACGACAUGGGGUCUUGGCGGCACAUGUGUUAAUGUUGGUUGCAUUCCCAAAAAACUGAUGCAUCAAACAGCUCUGCUGGCGACAGCUUUGCGGGAUGCUCGCAAGUUUGGCUGGGAGUUUGAUGAGGCAGUGAAACACAACUGGGACACUAUGAGAUCUGCAGUGAAUGGCUACAUUGGAUCCUUAAACUGGGGCUACAGGGUGGCACUUAGGGACAAGAAAGUCAACUAUGUCAACGCAUAUGCAGAGUUUGUUGAGCCACACAAAAUUAAGGCAACGAACAAACGAGGGAAGGAGACAUUUUAUACUUCUUCAAAGUUUGUGUUGGCAACUGGUGAGAGACCCCGCUAUCUUGGUAUCCCUGGAGACAAGGAGUACUGCAUAACCAGUGACGACCUCUUCUACCUGCCAUACUGCCCGGGGAAGACCCUGGUGAUUGGGGCCUCCUAUGUGGCACUGGAGUGCGGAGGUUUUCUGGCUGGUUUGGGCCUUGAUGUUACAGUAAUGGUGAGGUCCAUACUGCUCAGAGGAUUUGACCAAGACAUGGCCAACCGUGCUGGAGAAUAUAUGGAGGAACAUGGAGUGAAGUUCAUCCGCAAAUGCGUCCCAGUAAAGAUUGAGGAGCUGGAAGCAGGCACUCCUGGCAGGCUGAAGGUGACAGCGAAGUCCACAGAAACGGAUGAGAUCAUCGAGGGAGAGUACAACACCGUGUUGAUAGCUGUGGGUCGAGAUGCAUGCACCGACAAGAUUGGUCUGGACAAGGCUGGGGUCAAAGUCAACUCAAAAAAUGGAAAGAUCCCAGUGAACGAUGAAGAGCAGACCAAUGUCCCACACAUUUAUGCCAUUGGUGACAUAUUGGAGGGUAAAUGGGAGCUGACUCCUGUGGCCAUUCAAGCUGGUAAACUCCUGGCACGCCGCUUGUACAGGGGAUCCACACUUAAGUGCGACUACGUGAAUGUCCCCACUACUGUCUUUACCCCAUUGGAAUACGGCUGCUGCGGUCUGUCAGAGGAGAAGGCCAUUGAGCUCUAUGGACAGGAAAAUGUGGAGAUCUACCACAGUUUGUUCUGGCCUCUGGAGUUCACUGUACCUGGAAGGGAUAACAAUAAAUGCUAUGCUAAGAUCCUUUGCAAUAAACUGGACAAUGAGCGAGUAAUCGGUUUCCACUACUUGGGUCCAAAUGCUGGAGAGGUGACCCAGGGCUUUGGUGCAGCUAUGAAAUGUGGAGCCACUAAAGAGCAGCUGGAUGUCACCAUUGGUAUCCACCCAACCUGUGCUGAGAUCUUUACCACCAUGGAAGUCACCAAGAGGUCUGGUGGAGACAUCACUCAGAGUGGCUGCUGAGGUUAAACCCUGCUUGUUUAGCUUACUGCUCUUAUGUUUGACCAUUUUGCUACCUCACCCACCACUAGAGCUCAGUUUACUUGCCUCAGGUUGCUCAGUUUACAUUGCAGCUUUUCUCAGGACAAACGGAGCACCAUGGCCAGUUCUGACACAAUGUCGUGUUGGCUCAGAGCUCAGAGGUAGGCAUAAGAGUAGCAGCUGAACAGCGGGGUUACUUCGCUUAAGUCUUCGGGCUUCACAAGAUUGUUCUUUUCAGAGGAGCACCAUACAUGUGUGCAUGUGUGUGGGAGCUGUUUUUGACAUUCUAGCUCGUAACCCAUAAUACUGAGGUGAGCUAGGAUUGAUGUACCACUGAAGAAGCACAUCUGUGACCUUAACCCUACGUCCAAUCCCCAACUUAAACACUUUUCUUUAUUAGACUUGUUUGAUAGAAAUGACAUUAAGUAGGCCUUAUAGCCAUAGGUACAUGUGGAGAAACAAAAGAUGGUUUAAAUCUGCUAUGUAAAAUGUUUGCAAUGUAGAAAGCAAUUAUUAUUCUGCCAUAAAUAUUUAUCUGUGGAGGUUCUGCCUUAAAGCAGCAGAUUUGACCAAAGUCUUGUCAAACCGGGUAGGUGAGUUAUUUCAGAAAGUCUUUGUUGUCUCAUUCUCUUGAUGUAAAGAUGAAGAAUCUGUGUCGAAUGUUAAAAUAUAUAUAUAUAUAUAUUUUCAAACGUUUUUACUCAGAUAAUUUAAUGCUGCUUGAUGUUCUUACUCAAUGCUUCAGCAGUAUUUAUGCUGCAUCUAUGCCUGCAGAGAACAGUAUUCUGACUGCUGUCUUUGAGUGACACUGGUCAGUGGUAAAUUAUACUUGUCCAUGUCAAACCACUGUAGUUAAUUCCUUCUAAGAACUAAUAAAUUUGCAUUUACCCAAA